UGUUUGGGGACGGACCUAUCCUGUUAUUGGACAUUUUGGUUGCGUUCAUCAUAAAAAGCAGAAACGUGCGGCGACAUCUUGUGAACUCCCUCUAAAUAGUUAUUGUAUUUUAUUUACUACUUUGUUCUGUAGCCUCACGGUGAGUUUUCAGCGGUCAGAGGAGAUGCCUCUAUCCGACCGGUCGAGCUCUGACGGCGGCCAGGACCCUCGGAGCCCUCGGGCCCGGAGACCUCGGACUCGCUCCCGGAGCCGCAACCGCAGCGACAGCCGCGAUCGGAGCUUGUCUCCGGACAGCUUUGGACCCAAAUUACCGAAACCACGUAACCGAGAGAGGGAGCGGGAAGAGCGGGAACGUCGAUUCAAAGAGGCGAAAAACAUCCGACGUUUCCGCAUAGGAAGCCCCCGUCGUAGCAGGUCCAGGUCUCGAUCCCGGUCAAGAGAGCGCCACAACAACAGCAGCAGCAACAAUCACAAUCACAACCACAACCACAACCACUGGUCUGAGCAGCGGGACGCUCCUGGAAAACACGGCAGCUUCAAAGAUGAUUAUUAUUACGAGCAGCAGAGAGACGACGCUCAGAGACAGAGACAGGAAGCUUUUAUUGCCAGGCGUCUGCAGGAGAGGGAAAGGAUCGGAGAGCUGGGUUGUCCUGAAGUUUGGGGAUAUUCACCGAGAGUGAAAGAACCAGACUCUGAUGAAUUCACACCAGUGGAAGAAGACGAGAAAAACAGCAGCUCAGAGUCAAGUUCAGAAGAAGAAAAGAAGAAGAAAAAGAAGAAGAAGAAGUCCAAGAAACGAAAAAACAAGAAGCACUCAGAGGACAGUGAGCUGGAAUCAGAUUCAGACGAAGAAGAAAUAAAGAAGAAAAAAAAGAAAAAGAAGAGCAAAAAGUCCAAGAAGUCCAAGAAGAAGAAGGCGAAGAAGAGCCGGAAGGAGUCCAGCAACUCCAGCAGCGAAGAGUCCGAGGAGGAAGAGGAGGAGGAUCCCAGUUCGGUGAUGUGGGUGGAGAAAACCUGCAUGGACGAGAACAUGGUGGGACCAGAGGCUCCGCUCACACACAUGUCCCAGGACGACCGACCUCUGGAUUUUGGUCACGCGCUGUUGCCGGGUGAAGGUGCUGCGAUGGCCGAGUACGUGAAAGCCGGCAAACGUAUCCCGAGAAGAGGAGAGAUCGGACUCACCAGCGAGGAGAUCGCAAACUUUGAGAAGUCCGGCUACGUCAUGAGCGGCAGCAGACAUCGCCGUAUGGAGGCUGUGCGUCUGAGAAAGGAAAACCAGAUCUACAGCGCGGAUGAAAAGAGAGCUCUGGCAUCCUUCAACCAGGAGGAGAGGAGGAAGAGAGAGAGCAAGAUCCUGUCCAGCUUCAGGGAGAUGGUCUACCGGAAAACCAAAGGCAAGGAGGAGAAGUGAAUGUCAGGUUUCCAGAGUUUUCUCUCUGCUUUGUUCCUCAUCCAGCGAUCUGAUGUGUAAAGUCCGAACUGUUGGAAUAUACCAACGUUCAGUUACAGUGGAGUGUACAGUAUGGGGGGAUUUUAAUUGUAAAGAAAUGUGUUUGAAAGGAGUUACAUUGUAUUAUGUUCAGUUUUAUUUGCUCUUGUAAAUUUCUUCGAAUACUCCUGAGCAGAACAGUAAAUAAACUUUACCUAUCGAUCA